AUGAACUCAACCACACUCUGGGGCUCAUUGGAUGUGCAAUACUGCUUUGAAUUUGUGAAUAAUUCAUGUCCUAAAAAUCUGAGGUCUCCAAUCAGCCUUUUUGUUAUCUAUCUCUUUAUGGUGGGGGCCAUACUGCUUACUAUGUGUGGAAAUAUGUUUGUGAUUAUCUCUAUCCUCCAUUUCAAACAGCUCCAUUCACCAACCAACAUUCUCAUCUGCUCCAUGGCAACCACAGACUUUUUGCUCAGCCUCACGGUGAUGCCAUUCAGUAUGGCGAGGUCAAUUGACUCGUGCUGGUACUUUGGUGACCUCUUCUGCAAAGUUCAUACCUGUUGUGAUAUCAUGCUGUGUACCACUUCCAUUUUCCAUUUGUGCUUUAUCUCUGUUGACCGCUACUAUGCCGUGUGUGCUCCCCUUCAUUACAUUACCAAGAUAACUAUUCCCGUUGUUGAAGUUUUUUUAUUGAUUAGUUGGUCUGUCCCAAUCCUGUUUGCGUUUGGCCUAGUUUUCUCAGAACUAAAUAUUGAUGGUAUUGAAGACUAUGUGGACUCUCUAUAUUGCUAUGGCUUUUGUUCACUGAUAUUUAAUAAGCUCUGGGGAGUAAUGGCUUCUUUCAUAGCCUUCUUUCUUCCUGGAACAAUCAUGGUGGGCAUUUAUCUCCACAUAUUUAAAGUGGCAAACAAGCAUGCAACACAAAUCGCUCGGAUUCCACACGCAUCAAAAUCUGACAGAAAAGGGAAAUUUUGUACUAAAAAAGAAAGCAAAGCUACUAAGACAUUAAGCAUAGUAAUGGGAGCAUUUGUUCUAUGCUGGUUACCCUUUUUUGUUCUUACCAUAACAGACCCUUACAUUGGUUUCUCAACCCCUGAGGGUUUGUACAAUGCCUUUCUCUGGCUGGGGUAUUUCAAUUCUACAUGUAAUCCCAUCAUUUAUGGCUUAUUUUACCCUUGGUUUCGCAAAACAUUUAAAAUGAUUGUGACAGGAACGAUCUUCAGAAGAAAUUCUUCUGCAGUGAAUCUCUUUGGGGCAGGUGUUUAA